AUGUCUCCUAAAUUGAUGAACCUCCUCGACGCUUCUCGCAUUCAAUCAACUCAGGCCAAGAGAGGGAAAGACAUGUCUUCGAAAGGUUUCGCCGCUAGAGCUCAACGUGCCGCCGCCAAGAACUAUCCUGGCGUAGGAGAAGUUAUCGGGGUGGCACAAAAUGGUUGGGCUUUAUACACCUGUUUAGGUGGUCCGCUUUCUUUCAUCGCCGCUAUCCUUGGUCUCCUCGGAAUGGGAUUCUUUCAUCGUGAUAAAUUCGCCGAUCCUAAUUGGCAAGCGGAACAAGCAGAGACGAUUGAACAAAUGUUCAACAUGACCAAAGAAGUCAUUCAAUCCGCUCCGGAAAUGAUGGAAGAGACUAAACGUCAUGUUGAUCAAGUGGUUGAAGUCGUCAAACAAAUCCCAUUCGCCGAAAUCGCCAACACUAUCAAAGAUACCGUGUUAGAUCCGACUAAAGAUACUUUGAAAGCUCAAGCGGUUGAGGGAAUUGAAAAGUUGAAGACGAUACCUAUGGGUGAUAUUGCCAACGCGGUCAAAGAUAUGGGUCAGAAGACGGUCGUUCAUGUAGCUGGACAUGCUGCUGGGUUCACUAAAGGUUUGUUUGGGAUGAUUAAGAAUAUGGGUGUUGAGGAUCUCUGA